UACGUUACCAAUUGAUUGAAUUGUGGCGCUGCAGUUAGUGUUUUUGUCUUACCAUGUAGAUUUUGUGUGGAUACUAAGUAUUUAUAUCAUAAACGUUGGUUUGGAAAUGUCAGCUGCAGUACAUAUUGGUGAACUUGCAUUUUUAAAGAUGGUUUUACAUGCUGCCAAGCAUCCAGAGAGUUCCGUCAAUGGUAUUCUUUUAAGUGAUCAAAACUGUGAUUCACAAAUAAUCAUUACUGACUAUAUUCCGCUGUUUCACAGUGUCAUAAAUUUGACACCAAUGCUAGAAACAGCUUUGUAUCAUGUAGACUCAUAUUGUGCAGCUAAAGGUCUUCAAAUAUGUGGUUAUUUCCAAGCAAAUGAAUACAUUAAUUGCAAUACCCCAACAAGUAUUGCAUGCAAAAUUGGUGAGAAGUUAGCUGAAAAAUGUGGCAACGUUUGUUUAUUGACUUUUAAAAAUGAUGCUUUGCAUCGUUUAACUGGAAACUACUUUACAGUAUUUUGCAAAUCAGAUUGGAAGUGGAAUGAUACAAAGUAAGUUCUACUUCAGUAAAUAUUCUGUUCAUGAAUUCAGGUACACAUUUAAUCCAAAUGUUAAUAAAAAGUUAAAAGAAAUUCUACAUUUAAAAGUUCACCGUCAAAUUGUUGAUUUUGAUGAUCAUUUGAAUGAUGUUAAUUGUGAUUUUCUUAAUUUACAAUUAUCGAAAUCGUUAUGUGUAUAAAUUGAUUUUUUAAUGUAAAGUUUUUAAUUUUUUUUCCAAACAACAAUAAUAUCUAGCUGACAUCUUUUUCUUAAUUGUUUUAGAUAUUUGCUAAAUAAUAUUUCUAUGAAAUAAUAACGUAUAGCUAGAUAUUA